CGGCACUAAUACUCUCUCUCCUCUCUCCUCUCUCCUCUCUCCUCUCUCCUCUCAGAGGUUGAGUUAGCUUAACCCGAACGAACGAAUUCCAGCGGCGGUAUGAGUUAGCAAUCAAAACUGAAAACCCUAGUUCCUCAGCCCUAGGGGUUUUUUUUCCCUUUACAAUUUUCAAUUUUUCAAUUUUUUUUACAUUUUUUUUUUUGGGUAAAAUUAAAAUUACCAUGUUUUGGUGAGAUUAUUAUCUGGCAUCGAAGGAGGCGGAAGAAGAAGAAGAAGAAGAAGAGAUGUACAGAGAGCGAGGGUUGGGUGGGUCUAAGGCGACGGAGGUGGUGGGGCCCGCCGCUGAUCGGAAGCAGCGGAUCAACGACGCCUUGGACAAGCAGCUCGAGCGAUCCUCGCCCUCCACUUCUAGGGCAAUGAACGGCAAGGAUAAGCCGCUUAUUAUGGGUGGUAAGCAGCCUCCCUCCGAUCACAGAAACUCUCGCUCUGCCUCUGCGUCUCUCACCAAAAACAAUUGCUCCGAUGAAGAAUCUGAGACAGACAGUGAAGAGUCAGAUGUUAGUGGUUCCGAUGGGGAUGACACAUCUUGGAUUUCAUGGUUUUGCAAUUUGCGAGGAAAUGAAUUUUUCUGUGAAGUGGAUGAUGAUUACAUACAAGAUGAUUUUAACCUCUGCGGGCUAAGCAGCCAAGUGCCAUACUAUGAUUAUGCACUUGAUUUAAUUUUGGAUGUUGAAUCUUCUCAUGGUGAUAUGUUCACAGAAGAACAAAAUGAAUUGAUUGAAUCAGCAGCAGAGAUGCUUUACGGUCUUAUUCAUGUUCGAUAUAUAUUGACAAGCAAAGGCUUGGCUGCCAUGCUAGACAAGUACAAGAACUAUGAUUUUGGGAGAUGCCCAAGAGUUUUCUGCUGCGGACAACCCUGCCUCCCAGUUGGCCAGUCAGAUAUCCCACGGUCAAGCACUGUAAAAAUAUACUGCCCCAAGUGUGAAGAUAUUUACUACCCUCGAUCGAAGUAUCAAGGUAACAUUGAUGGAGCCUAUUUCGGAAGUACAUUCCCUCACCUGUUCUUGAUGACAUACGGGCACCUGAAGCCACAGAAAGCAUCACAGAGUUAUGUUCCUAGAGUGUUCGGAUUCAAGCUUCACAAGCCAUGAUGCUGAAAUUUCAAGCUCCAGCCAGGGCAGGAGUUCAUGUGAGACUUACUCCCCUCUGUCAGUAAUGUUCUUGAGUGCAGGUGGAGUUACUUCCCCAAGUUGUCAGAAUAUAGAUACCCUUUUUAUGUGUCCUCGGAUCCACUUACAAUCAACUUUGCGGCCACUCACAAGCUUCAUUUUCAAUUUUAGCUGUGUCUUGGUGAGUUUCUGUAGAACGUGUUCAGUUUGGCUUUAGUAUUAAUAAUUUUCUUGGUAGUGGCUUCCGGCGACCUGUUUUCUUCGGUUUCUUAUUAGCUCAAGCAGGGUUGUUGGCGCUCUGAGAAUAACCAGUUCAUCUCUACAAUUUUCUUUUGUGAUCAGAAAUGUAUCGUGUAGCCUCUAAAUAUUCAUGUCUAAUUACUUUAGAGUCGAGUCGAGUGGAGUCAAGUGAGCAGUAGGAUUUAUGUACGCACUUAUUUGUUGGAAAUUGGAAUAUAGCAUCAUGUUAUGUA